ACAAAUAAACAGUAGCUAGCUCUUUUACAAACAGGAAAACAAUACUUAUUUUUUAACUGACUUGUUCCAUGGCUUAAAAUCUAUUAUACCGGACAAAUCAGCUGUGGACGACAAUACACACUGUUGAGGGCUGCUUUGGUCCAGAGUUGACUUACAGUUUUGGAUGCAUGACGAGAAUCUGGAAGAUGACAACCGAGACCCACGUCAAGGACAUCAAGCCAGGACUCAAGAAUCUCAACGUUAUCUUCAUCGUACUCGAAACAGGACGAGUGACAAAGACAAAGGAUGGGCAUGAGGUGCGGACCUGUAAGGUGGCAGACAAGACAGGCAGCAUCAGCAUCUCAGUUUGGGAUGAGGUGGGCGGACUGAUCCAAACCGGUGACAUCAUCAGACUCACUAAGGGAUAUGCGUCUGUGUUCAAAGGUUGCCUGACUCUGUACACAGGUAGAGGUGGAGAGCUGUCGAAGAUUGGAGAGUUCUGCAUGGUGUACUCAGAGGUGCCAAACUUCAGUGAGCCUAACCCAGAGUACUCUAACAUGGACCAGACGAAAAACAAGACGGUACUCAGUGACCAAGGAAACCUACUGAACAACAACAAUAACAGCUCAUCUGGAGGCUUAGCUGGAAAUGAAGCUACCAGUGGGAACGGUGUAAAUUCUCAAGGUUCCAGGAGCUCGACUAAUCCUCAACAGGGAGGGCGGGCUGGCAGUGGUGUCGGCAGCAGAGCAGCCAAUCCAGGAGCAGGAGAGACAGCUGUCAGCAAUGGAAAGGAGACCAGACGUUCAGUGAAAAGAUGAUUGGAGCAGAAGGAAGCAAAUCCAUCCCUCUCCAGAAAUGUCAAAAGAUGAGACUAAUGCUGAGUUCGUAACCAAGUGGGAAGUGGGAAUUGGGAAUUUACCACCAUAAAGUUAGAUGACGCUAGAUGGAUAAAACCCAUUUUGGCAUGAACCUUGCUAUUGAGGGCUUCACCAUUUCAAUGUAAUCAACUGGCUGGGACUUCCUAUGGGUAAGGAAGCGGCACAUGAAAGAUGAGACAAGUUUUUCAUUAGUAAUUACCAGUUGGAGGGCCGUUCAAAUGUAUUUUUCCCUGGUUUGUUUACAAGGAACAGAGUUCACUAAAGGUUAUGUAACAAUCAAAGAAAAAAGUAUUUGUGAGAAAAGUAAUUGUUUUAAUGGGAAGCCAUAAUGUGUUUUUCAAAAGACCGGCAGGGAUAUUACCUUCCCUUUCUAUGUUUACAUUUUUUAAACAAAUCAAUGUGUUUUGUGCACUCACUGUUUUAGAUGUUUUUCAAUGAGAUGUCUAAAAUAUAAAAUUUAUAUUUUAACUAAUGUGCUUUGUAGGCUCUGUGUGCAAAAAGUAGCCCAAAGCUGACAGAUGGACAUGGAGUUGGAUUUCGGCAAUCAGAAAUCCUUAGUUGCUACAUCCAUUUUUGGACGUAUAAAUUAAUGAUAUAUACCUAUUGAUUGCUUGCGUACAACUUUUUGAUAUCUAUUAUACUUUUGAAA